CCACCCCGCCUCCCCUCUCACUAACAGGUGGGCCCUCGCUGACAGAACCCUCUCCAGCGCCCCUCUCUCUCUCACACACGAGUCACCAGCGGAAGAGCAGCGGCGGCGUCCGGCGGCGCGCGUCGAGCGCGAAGGAGGACAGGGACGAGCGGCAGGCCGGCGACCAGCAGCACCCCUCUCUUCUUCGUCGGUGAUUCCUCCCCAGGUUGGAAGGAUGAGGAAGGGGCUUCAUCCCCAGAUGCAGUGGAUCUCGUACGUGACGCAGAGCGGCAGGCUGAUCAACAUCAUGAUGACCAAGGUGAACCAUACCGGCAAGGUGUACCACAUGAGGGCGAAGCGGCAGAUGGCACAGAGCCUGGGGCAGAUUGCCAAGUUCAAACGCCGAUACGAGCAGGAAGCGCCGGAGGAGAACCAAGACAAGCUUUGCACAACGUGGGCUUCUGAGAACUCAGUUCAACAACUUUGGUUACUUCAAGAUGAUGAUGAGUUUUGCCGGGAUGGUGAUUGGCUAAAAUUUGAUUUAGUUUAGCCUGGAGGAGGAGGAACAUGAAGAGAUGGAGGCACUGAAGCUGUGGAGGCGGCAGUGUUCACAGUUCACAAACCAGUAGGAUGCUUCAACUUACCGUGCCUUCUAUAUCGAUCUAAUCUUUUCCAUAAGCAGCUAAGAAAUGCACCGCAUCAUUUCAAGCACAAUUAUACGAGAACAAUUGGUAGAAUAUCCAUCAGUAAAACAUGCUG